AUGCGUUCUGCUGUCAUCCUUGCCGCCUUGGCGGUCGGCACUUGUGCCAAGGUUAUUGAGAAGGAAGUUUUCGUGACCGACUGGACUACCGUCACCGUCACCACUACUGUCACUCAGUGGCCCACCAGCUCUGCCACUGUUGUGGCCAAGCAGGACCACACCAAGCCCGCCGAGGCUGCUCACCCCACUUUCGAUGUCUCUCGAAAGGCCGCUGAGGUCGAUGCCGCCCCUGCCGCCGCUUCUACUACUGCCGAGGUGAAGGAGGCUGCUUCCAGCACCACCUCGUCGGCCACCUCGUCUGCCACCUCUUCCUCCACCCUCGAAGCCAGAAUUCAGCCCGUGACCACCUCGGCUACUACCGCCGCUACCACUUCGGCAAGCUCCAGCACCGCCGCUGCCACUGCCGCCCCCAGCGCCGGCAGCUCCUACCAGGAGUCCAUCCUGCACUACCACAACAUCCACCGCAGUGCCCACUCGGUGGACGCUUUGACCUGGUCCACCGACCUCGAGGAGGCUGCCAACACCGUUGCCUCGAGCUGCUCUUACGGACACGACACUUCCGUCAAAUCCGCCAGUGGAGCGUACGGUCAGAACAUCGCCUACGGUUACGACAAGCCCGAUGUCGGCGAGAAGAUUAUCAGUGACAUGAUGUACACCCAGGAGGCACCCAACUUCGAAGGCCUCUACGGUCAGGCCAGCCCCGAUAUGAGCAACUUCGCUUCCUGGGGUCACUUCUCUCAGAUCGUCUGGAAGGGAACCACCCAAGUUGGUUGCGCCACCGUUAGCUGCCCUGAUUUGAAGAACGUUGGUGGUCCCGCCCCCUACACUGUCUGCAACUAUGGGUCCCCCGGUAACGUCGACGGCGCUUAUGCCGAGAACGUCUUGAAGCCCAGCGCAUAA